CACCAUCAAGACAUCAAAUAAAUAAACCCCGUCGGCCGUCUCCUUUCUCUCUCUCUCCUUAUCAUCUCUUCCGCGAAAUCAAAGCGAGGCAAACGAGAAAUAAAGAAAACCCCACGAGAAAACCCUCCGCCGGCCAGAAAUCCGACGAAUCCAUCUUCUUCUUCCCCCCGCUGGACCCGACGGUUGCAGGUCGGAUUUGCUCCAACCUCAAAUGUUGCAGCUCUUCUUCGCGGUGGCGUUCUCGGCGGUGCCGUUGACGCUCUACAUCCCGCCGAUCCGCUCCCUAAACCUGUUCGUCGAGACGAUCGAGGACAUGCUCCGCCAGAUGGCCGUCCACACUAUCCGUACGUAUCCGCGGAUACGCCUCGCCUUCUCUCGCAUCCUCAGCAACCUCCUCCGUCUCUCCAGCUAUCUGACGGAAGAGAUCGAAUCGGCUGAGAAGUUCUUCAGCAGAUUUUCCGGUUCUCCCCUCCGAAUUUAGGUUUUGACCGAUUAGAUUGAAGAGAUUUUCUUGUGAUGGAUUUUUGGUUUGUAAUGUUAUCUCGAGGUUUCUGUAAUCAUCUCUGAUUGAGCAAUAAAUUAAUUCGAAAUCGAAAUCAAUGUGCUUUGAGUUUGACGUUU